CUUCUGCAUGGAAACCUGGGCACAGAGAAUCACUAUGGAUCUGUUCCCAUUGAACAUUUUUGUGGAAAUGGGGAGAUGAACAAUAUCUCAACUGUGAGGAAACAUUAAUAAUCGGCACCUUUCUGAACGUCAAGCUUUUGUGAAGCAGGUAGAAAUGGAUCCUCUUCUGGAACAAGUUUUGGCGGGCUUUAACGGAACUCUUGGAGCUAUAAAUCGGACAGACCCCCUGGAUAAAUUCUCUGGAACCCAGCUGCUCUUGCGAUUCAAACCCCUCUUUAUUCCCCUCUACGCCUUAGUUGUGAUUGUGGCCGGUGUCGGGAACAGUUUCCUCCUAGCCUGCAUACUUGCGGACAAGAAGCUCCACAAUGCCACCAACUUCUUCAUCGGCAACCUGGCAGCCUGGGAUUUGCUCAUGUGCAUGAGCUGUGUGCCACUGACCGCAUCGUAUGCCUUCGAUGCAAGUGGUUGGGCAUUCGGCCGUCCUUUGUGUCACCUCAUUCCCCUGCUGCAGGGCGCCACGGUCUUUGCCUCUGUGCUAUCCCUCACCGCAAUUGCCAUGGACCGUUACGUCGUAGUGGCAUACCCAGUACGAAGACGUAUCUCUGUGUGGGGCUGUGGCGGAAUUGCGUUGGGUGUGUGGGCGGUUUCACUGGCCCUAGCUGCUCCUCCCUCCCUCCACACUCGCUACGUUGACCUUCGUCCCAGUGGCAUGGAGCUGGUAGUAUGCGAGGAGUUCUGGCUGGGCGCCGAACGGCAGCGCCUGCUGUACUCCUGCUUCUUCUUGUUGGCGUCCUACAUGAUCCCUCUGUUGUCUGUUAGCAUCUCCUACUGCGCCAUCAGCGUACACCUCCGCAAACACACCCUGCCUGGAGAGCCCUCACAAAGCCACCAGCGAUGGAGCAAGCAACGGCGCAAGACGUUCUCCUUGCUGGUUGCUUCUGUCCUCGCCUUUGCCCUCUGCUGGCUCCCUCUUCAGGUCCUCAACCUGCUUCUGGAUCUAGACUCUGACUUCUUGAUCCUGGAUAAGCGCUAUGUCAACGUGCUGCAGGUCAGCUGCCAUCUGAUUGCAAUGAGCUCAGCCUGUUACAACCCCUUCAUCUAUGCCUCGCUGCACAGCAAGGUCCGCAUGCACCUGCGGGGUUACCUGUGCCCCUGUAGGCGAAAUGGGCAGGUGUUACUAUAUCGCUGUGCCUCCCGUAACCCCACCACCUGCCUGACACUCAUCUCUGAGGUAGCCGUGAAGGACAGCCAAUCACCCGAGAGCCCCAUUCCUGACAGCUGCCUCUGA